UCUAUCUUCUCCGGCGAGAUGGGAAACAUCCUGAGAGCCACCGACAACCCCGUGCCAAGCGGCUUCGGAUCGACCUCCACCGCCGAGCAGGUCACCCAAGGCAUUGACGCAUCCGGCCUCACCGUCAUCAUCACCGGCGGAAGCAGCGGGAUUGGAGCGGAGACUGCAAGAGUGAUGGCCCUCAGAGGUGCUCAUGUCAUCAUUGGUUCUAGGACCACGGCGGCGGGCCUGGCUGCCGAAAGUCUGAAGCAGAGUAUCCUACAGGACACUCCGUCUGCCAGAAUUGACAUUAUAUACCUCGAACUUAACUCACAAGAUUCUGUGCGAGACUUUACGGACGAAUUUCUUUCGAUGAAUCUACCUCUCAAUAUCUUGAUAAACAAUGCUUGUGUUAUGCGCUGCCCAUUCAAGCUUUCGGAGGACGGGAUAGAGAUGCAGUUUGCUACGAAUCAUAUCGGUCACUUUUUGUUGACAAAUCUCCUGCUUCCAAAAAUUAAAAGGACAGCAGCGGAAACAGGGAUUGAAGGUCGUAUCGUGAACUUAUCUUCUGCAGAUCACCUCACGACAUAUAGAGAAGGAAUAAGAUUCGACAAAAUCAACGACGAGGCUGCAUACAAUGAUAAAUUGGCAUAUGGACAGUCCAAAUUGGCAAACAUAUUGCACGCUAAUGAGCUCGCUAGGCGCUUAAAGGCAUUCCUGUCUUCUAAGUCUAGAAUUACAUACAUUUCUUCCGAGCAAUUCACAACUCCAAAACACUUUCAUGUUCAACAGGAAGAGGGUGCCAAUGUUACUGCAAAUUCUGUUGAUCCUGGACUUACUAAGACGUACUUAGGGAGACACUCAACUAUCUCCGCUGCCGAGAUAAGAGCUAUUACAACUUGCUUCUUGUGGAAGAAGAGUAUUCCUCAGGGAGCAGCGACAACCUGCUACGUCGCAUUGCAUCCGAGUGUGAAGGGAAUCAGUGGGAAAUAUUUUGCUGACUGCAACAUCGAGAAGACAUCUGCCCACGGUCGAAAUGAGAAAUUAGCAAGAAAGCUUUGGGCGUACAGCGAGGUAUCUACUGCACGCACUAUUUCUGUGAUAGUUGUUUGA